AUGUCACUUCUUAUUAAUCCCAUAAAUGUAGUAAAAGUCCCAUUCCCUCCAUCAAUUAGUGUUGAUAAAAUCAUACAAAUGCAUUUGAAAAAUGGUAUUAAAAAUGUCAAUAAUACUAUGAAUCCAUUCAUGAUCUACCGACGUGAAUUUAAUUACGUACACAAAAAUUUUAACCUUUCAUGUAAAAAUGUGUCAAAAUUAGCAAGUGAAUCUUGGAAAAAUGAGCCAGAAUAUAUUAAACAACGUUACAAACAGAUAUCUAAAGAAGUUAAGAAACGCUUUAAAAAAAUCUUCCCUACUCCUUUUUUCAUUAACAAAUUUGGAACAAGCAACCAAAUUGGUACGAAUGAUGUUUCUCUAGAAACCAAUCCUCCUAUGGACAAAAACUCACCAAGCACUAUUUAUCAAAGUCACCAAUUUAUUAAUAUGGGUCCUACGAACCAGAUCUCUCCAAAAAUUACCUGUUAUAAUUCUCUGCUUAUGAACACAGAACAAAAUUCAUUAGGCACUAAAUGCUAUAAUUCUCUACCUUCAAACUCACCAGCUAUUUAUUAUAGUCACCAAUUUGUGAAUAUGAAUAUGGAUCCAGAUGCUACCUCCUACGGUCCAAACCCCUCUUGGAUUAAUUUCCCCGAUUCUCCAAAUAUGGACCAAAUCUCCAGAUAUUGA